AUGGCUGCCCUUGUACAUCUUCCUGACAAAUUCAUCACAUUUCCGUAUCGUCGUGGAAAGGAAGAUGUACCGGAUUGGUGUCUUUGCCUCAACUUUAUUAGUAUUAAUCACUCUAGUAACAACACCAGUAGUGUAGAGGCCGCAUUAAAGCAGAUGAAUAGUUUACACAAAACUAUUGUUCAGACAUGCCGUAACGACAGCAAAAUUAUUCCAAGUGAAAGUUUUAUUGAACACACAUUAAAGCCUUAUUGCCAAUUGGUCGCAAUGGCUCAGGCACACCUCCCACUUCAUAAGGCACAAGUACAUAAAAAUAUGAUGUUUGUCUGGCGAGACAGUUUUGAUGAUAAUUAUAAGAAUGAAUCUUACAAUGGAAAUCUUGAACUUUUAUGUUGUAUUUACAACCUUGCCGCUUCUUACGCUAAUGUUGCCGCACAUCAAGCACAAAGAGGAACUGUAGAUGAUGUGAAAAAUGCAUUUAAAUCUUUUCAAAAUGCUGCCGGAUAUUAUGAAACGGUGGAACAAUUAUUAAAUCGACUUCCACCAGAACAUAUAAAAGGUGAUUUAACUUCAGAGUCUUUGAAUUUGCUACGUCGUAUUUCUCUUACCACAACUCAUCACUGUGCUUAUCUUAAGGCGGAACAAGAUAUGAAAGGGAAUCAUACUAUGUUAGCAAAAAUUGCACGUGAAGGUGCUAAACAAUAUGAAGAGACUGCAAGUGCAACUAAAGUGAGUACAUGGUUUGGAAAUAAUAAGAAAAAUAGUUUGGUAACACAAAUGGAACAAAUGCUUUCAACUAUGGCAUUAAUAUUUAAUGCCCGUGCUCAUUUACAUCUUGCUGUUUUACGAGAAGAAGCGGAUGAAGUAGGUAUUGCCAUUGCUCACUAUAAUAAAGCACAAAGUUUUUUAUCUAAAAUUCCAAAAUUAUCUAAUGAUGAUCUUCGUUCAUGGGUAAAUAGUAUUAUUAAUAAUGUGAACAAGGCACAUGAAAAGGCAAUUGCAUCAAAUGAAUCUGUAUACUUUAUGCGUGUUCCUAAAGAAGUAGAGGAUCCUAGUGGUCUUCCACGUCCAUUAGGAAAAGCAACAGAACAACAUUGUUUUACUUCAUUUGAGUCUAAACGAGGAGAAGAUCCUUUCUUUGGUAUUGUUCCUGCUCAUAUAGCAUCUAUUGCUUCUAAAUGGCGUGAAAAGGAAAGAAAUCUUGUUUCUGUUUGUACUAAAUCUUGUACUGCAAAUCGUAAUAAAGCUUCUGAACUAAUUCAAAAACUUGGUGUAACAGCAAUGAUUGAAGUACUCUCUGGUGAAGCUAGAACUCGUGGAAAAGUUCCUACACCACUCGCAGAAAAGAUUCAAUCUCUUCAUAAGGGUGAGGGUGGUACAACUGUUGGUGUAGUAGCAUCUCUGUUAUCAAUGGUAAAGACAUGUGAUGAGUUGUGGGUUGCUGCUAAUGAAAAGAUUCAACAAAUCAAAGCAGAACUAGAAGCUGAACAAAAAGAAGAUGCAGUUUAUCUUGAAGCUUAUGGUGAACGAAUGUGGAGAUCUGCACGUCGUCCUGCUUAUGAAGUGGCAGAAUAUCACUCUAUUAUUGCUGCCAUUCAGGAUCAUGAGAAGGGACUUCAACAAUGGUUAGUAGAACCAUUUGGUAAAGCGAAGAUUGUCGUUGAUGAGAGUGUACGUGAUUUGGCACGUUUGGAUUGGCCAAUGUCUGAUCUCGAUGCCCUCAUGCCCUUUGUAGGUACUAAUGAAGCACGUGAACAGAGUCAAAAGAUGUUAAGUCAUGUUGAGACACUAAAGAAAUUAAUGCUACGUAAACAGAAUAUUGAAGAAACACAAGAUAGUCGUUUACGGGAAUUAAAUGAACUUAUUGAGUCUGACAAUGUAACCUUUGCACUCUCUGCAGUAGAAGCAAAUCAACGUGAUGUUGUAUUAAAUAAAGCAACUCAACAAAUCAGUGAUGCUAUUGAGCGAGCCAAUGAAACUAUGCGAGAAGAAGAUAAAGUUAUGCAAGAAGUAGAAGCAGCUGUAAAUAAUUUAGGCUACCUCCAGAGUUCAGAUCCCGUUAUGGAAGAAAUGCAAAAAGUAUGUAAUGGACUAGAGAAUGCCUGUUCUAUUUACUGUAAUUUACGUCAGGAGUUUUCAGAUAUUGUUCGCUACGGCUCCUCUGCUCUUGACGGCUUAGAGGCCACACUCUCCAGUGCCAAGUCCUUUACUGUCUGCCGUAAAUUAGAAGCCGAGGGGUUGAAGGAAUCGCUGGAUGCUCAAAUCGCCAAGAAGAUUGCAGAGAUGCAGCAAAAUCAAGCGAGUGCUAAUGCCAUUGAGGAAUCACGAAAACGACAGGAGGAACUACGAAGACAGAUUGAACUGCUGGAACGUCAACAAGAGUCAUUGGAGCCAAAUCGAGCUGAGCGAAUGGCGGAAAUAUUACGCCGUCAACGAGAGGUGGCGGCGGCCUUUGCAGAAACUCCAUCCGCCCCUCCUCCUCCUCCUCCUUUUCCUCCUUCUUCUUCAGUGCCAACAACAGACGGAGAUGCCCCGCCGAGUUACGAAUCGGUGAUGAAUUCACAUUUCUACAUGCAGCAACCACCGGCUCCACCACCGGCGUAUCGCCCACUGUAG